GCCAGAUCUCACUGCGUUGCCUCGCACAUGUUUUGCAAUAUAAUGACUGGAACCUGCUCGAGACAUGCCUAAGCGACGCAAUGGGACAAGGCGACGAGAACGAUCGUAUUGUGAUUAACGUGGGAGGUAUCAGACACCAGACCUACCGUAGCACCCUUCGCACAUUACCGGGCACCCGGUUAGCUUGGCUCGCCGAGCCGGAUGCCCACUGUCACUUUGACUACGAUCCCAAGAUUGAAGAAUUUUUCUUUGACCGGCACCCGGGUGUGUUUGCCCACAUCCUCAAUUACUAUAGGACGGGGAAGUUGCACUGCCCUGCAGAUGUUUGCGGCCCUUUGUACGAGGAGGAGUUGGCGUUCUGGGGUAUCGAUGAGACCGACGUGGAACCAUGUUGUUGGAUGACUUAUCGGCAACAUCGAGAGGCCGAGGAGGCAUUGGAUAGCUUUGGGGGUGGCCCUCCCGAGAAUUCAGAGGAGGAUGGGGAUGAGGAAACGCUGGGAAUGAUCAAUAGGUUGGCUCUUGAUGGACCAGAUGCCAAAUCCGGGGGGCAUUGGCGACGUUGGCAGCGGUUGCUUUGGGCACUUUUCGAGGAUCCCUAUUCUUCUAAAUAUGCAAGGUGGAUAGCCUUCGCCUCCCUGUUCUUCAUCCUGGUUUCCAUCACCACCUUCUGCCUGGAGACACACGAGGCCUUCAACCCCAUCAUCAACCGGACGGAAAUUGACCCGCUGGACAACAGCACACGGGUCUACCAGGAGACUGAGACCGUGGUCUUCCUCACCUAUAUAGAGGGGGUCUGUGUGCUGUGGUUUACAUUUGAGUUCAUAAUGCGAGUGACWUUCUGUCCGAGCAAGCUGGAGUUUUUCCGUAACACCCUCAACAUCAUCGACUUUAUUGCCAUCAUGCCCUUCUACCUGGAGGUGGGGCUGAGUGGGCUCUCUUCCAAGGCGGCUAAGGAUGUACUGGGUUUCCUACGYGUGGUACGCUUUGUCCGGAUCCUCCGGAUCUUUAAGCUGACUCGGCACUUUGUGGGACUGCGUGUCCUGGGUCAUACACUCCGAGCCAGCACCAAUGAGUUCCUGCUCCUCAUCAUCUUCCUCGCCCUGGGUGUGCUCAUUUUCGCCACUAUGAUCUACUAUGCUGAAAGGAUUGGUGCCAAGCCCAAUGAYCCCCGAGCCAGCGAGCACACGCACUUCAAGAACAUUCCUAUUGGAUUCUGGUGGGCGGUGGUGACCAUGACAACCCUUGGCUAUGGAGACAUGUACCCUCAGACAUGGUCUGGCAUGCUGGUGGGAGCGCUGUGUGCUCUGGCUGGUGUGCUGACUAUCGCCAUGCCAGUGCCUGUUAUUGUCAAUAACUUUGGGAUGUAUUACUCCCUGGCGAUGGCCAAGCAGAAGUUACCAAAGAAAAAGAACAGUCAUAUCCGUCUCGUGCCUCCAACUUCUGCUGUGUCUCCCCCGAAUUACGCGGUAAGUCGGAGGUAA